AUGGAGAAGAUUAACCGCUUCAAUGUGGUCCAUCGCCUGCAAAAGAGAAGACUCCUGGUCGCCAUCAACUGCGUCGCAGGUCUCUCUAUCCUUUUCUUUGGCUACGACCAAGGUAUGAUGGGAGGCGUCAACACUGCCUACGACUACUAUACCUUGAUGGGAUUUGGCCAUCGUGGCCCUGAUGGCGGCCCGGUCAUUACCGACACUCUUUUGCAGGGAGGAAUCGUUUCUGUCUACUACCUGGGCACUCUCGUGGGUGCAUUGGUCGGAGGUUCGAUGGGCGACCGUUUUGGGCGCAUCAAAUCAAUUUUUGUGGGCGCAUGUAUCGCAAUUGUUGGCGCCACUUUACAAUGCUCCGCCAUGAACCAUUCCUGGAUGAUUUGUGCUCGACUUGUCAAUGGUUGGGGGACAGGCAUUCUUAACGCGAUCGUUCCUGUGUGGGCAACGGAAACGGCAGAGCACAAAUCGCGUGGGCAGUUCGUCGCCAUCGAAUUCACUCUUAAUAUUUUUGGCGUUGUCGUCGCUUAUUGGCUCGAGUACGGCUGCUCUUUCUACGGCGACGGCCAGAGUUCUUUCGUCUGGCGCUUUCCGAUCGCCUUCCAGAUUGUCAUGCUCAUCGUUCUCGCCGCGACGGUCCUGAUUUUUCCAGAUUCGCCGCGCUGGCUUGUGAAGAUGGGUAGGGAAGACGAAGCCCGUUACAUCCUUGGUCGACUUCGAGGCGAUUCCACUGCGGAUGAGAAAGAGCUUGCCGAGGCCGAACUUCAGGAUAUCAUCCAAUCCUGUCAUUACGAAAGCAGUCAUUUUCGCCGACAGACUUAUAUUCAUAUGCUCUUCGGCGCACGGUCCGGGAAACUCCAUACUGGCCGCCGGGUGCAGUUGGUGGUGUGGCUACAGAUCAUGCAGGAGUGGAUUGGCAUUGCCGGUGUCACCAUUUACGCUCCGACGAUUUUUGGAAUAGCCGGGAUGAGCCCCUCAAAACGCCAAUGGAUUGCUGGCCUGAAUAAUAUCUUUUACAUGUUCUCCACCUUGAUCUGUGUCUUCACAUUGGACAAGAUUGGCCGGCGAUGGACCUGCUACUGGGGAUCCAUCGGACAAGGGAUCGCGAUGGCUCUUGCAGGAGGGUUUUCCAGGCUCGGCCAAGACGCCCGCGCUACUGGUAACCUCGAUAAAGCUGCUAGUUACGGUAACGCUGCAGUUUCAAUGGUGUUCGUAUUCACCUUUGUAUUUGGUGCGACGUGGUUAACGGUUCCAUGGCUCUACCCUGCUGAAAUAUUUCCCCUGCAAAUUCGGGCAAAAGGCAAUGCUUGGGGAGUCGUGGGCUGGUCCAUUGGAAAUGGUUGGUUGACUCUGUUAUGCCCUGUGAUGUUUCAGGCCCUAGGCGAGAAAACCCUGUACAUCUUCGCUGCCUGCAACGCAAUUACAAUACCCAUGGUCUGGGCCCUAUAUCCGGAGACCAAUCAGCGAACUCUCGAAGAAAUCGAUGUUCUUUUUUCUGCAGACAGUAUCUGGAACUGGAAUGCUGAGAAAAACUUUGCCAGGCUAAGGACUGCAGGCGAGGUGCCGGAGCGACGCAAUUCUGUCUUCACCGACCAAAGACGCCGAUCCUCCAUGGGCGGAAAUUCGUUCAACCAACCUAUUCCGUCUAGCAACGACAAGGGGACUAAUCAGGAAAUUGAAAGCAAGGUGUAG